AUGCCAAAAUCCGUCGCUAAUCGGUCACAACAAAAUCUGUCGUGUCCUACUCGGGAUCCUCCUAUGGAACACGUAGGAAUCAACAGGAAUUCACUUUCUUUGGUUGCAUAUGCUCCUUGGAAUGCUAGUUUGCAUAAUAAAGCUACUGCGAAUGCUUGGGUUUCUUAUAAUUCCUCUACUAAGAAUCUAAGUGUCUAUUGGACCUAUGAAAGGAACCCCAGUUUUCAAGGGAACUCAAAUCUUUCUUAUCAAAUUGAUCUCAAAGAGGUUCUUCCUUCAUGGGUCACUAUCGGCAUCACAGCUUCCACUGGUCAGUAUAUGGAGAGACAUACCCUUCAGUACUGGGAGUUCAACUCAAGCUUGGAUAUAAAAGAUGACAAUAAAACGACAUCACAAAAGGUGAAGCUGGGUGUCGGGUUAGCAGUGCCAUUAGGUGUUCUACUAGCAGGAGGCAUAAUAGCAUAUAGUAUUAUCUAUUUGAGGAAUCACAUGAGUCCUUCAGAUGAAACAUUAGAGACAAUCAACCUGUCUUCAAUCAAUGAUGAUCUUGAAAGAGGAGCAGGGCCCAAAAGAUUUUCUUACAGAGAUCUUGCUUUGGCUACUAAUAACUUCGCUGAUGACCUCAAGUUGGGUGAAGGAGGAUUUGGUUGUGUUUACAGGGGAUACCUCAGCCGUGAAAGAAAAGUAGUUGCAGUUAAAAAGAUUUCAAGUGGAUCUAAACAGGGAAAGAAGGAAUAUAUAACAGAAGUGAAGGUCAUAAGCAGUCUAAGGCAUAGAAACUUGGUGCAACUCAUAGGUUGGUGCCAUGAUGAUAAUCAGUUUCUACUAGUUUAUGAGUUUAUGCCAAAUGGUAGUCUUGACACUCAUCUUUUUGGGAAAAUGGAUCCCCUUUCUUGGAGUGUGAGGUACAAGAUAUCAUUAGGUUUGGCUUCUGCCUUGUUUUAUCUUCAUGAGGAAUGGGAACAAUGCGUGAUACAUCGUGAUAUUAAAUCAAGCAAUGUGAUGCUAGAUUCGGGAUUUAAUGUGAAGCUUGGAGAUUUUGGGUUAGCUCGACUUAUGGACCAUGAGUUAGGUCCACAGACAACUGGUAAUUUAGCAGGAACAUUAGGAUACAUGGCACCUGAGUAUGUAAGAACCGGUAAAGCUAGCAAGGAAUCGGAUGUUUAUAGUUUUGGGGUGGUUGCAAUGGAAAUCUGUUGUGGAAGGAAAGCUAGGGAUUGUAUUGAUGGGGAUUCUGAAAUGGGAUUGGUGGAUUGGGUUUGGUGUUUGCAUGGAAAAGGGGAGAUUCUUUCGGGAGUUGAUGAGAGGUUGAAUGGAGAUUUUGAUGAAGAACAAGGUAAGUGCUUGAUGAUGGUUGGAUUAUGGUGUGUGCUCCCUGAUCGAAGUCUGAGGCCAUCUAUAAGACAAGCGAUUCAAGUUCUUAAUUUUGAGGCCCCUAUUCCCAAUAUUUCAGUGAAUAUGCGUGUUCUUGGAUACCAUGCAUCAGCUACUCCUACAAGCACUUCUGGAGAUCCUUUCUUAACUUCUUCAAGUAUCAAUAUAGGUCGUUAAACUACAUGUUGUUUCAAGUUGAGGAUUUCCGUUUCUAUAUAUUUCCUUUAAAUAAGUA